UCCUCUCAGCCUUAUCCUCUUUCGCAUUCAAACCUCUGAGAACCUCUCUGAGAAGUCUCCACCAUGGCUUCUUUCUCAACUCUCUCUCACACAUGUCAUUCUCAGCUAUGCUUCACCAAGAACGGCGUGGUCUCAAAAUCUCUUGCAAAUCCCACAAGGACCCAUUUGUUGAAGAAGGGCAAUUACUUGAGAAUCAGGUUCCAGGCCACUAGCUUUCCGGCCGAUGAUCGGGUGCCGGACAUGGGCAAGAGGCAGCUCAUGAAUCUGCUUCUUCUAGGUGCGGUUUCGCUUCCCACUGCAAUCAUGUUGAUUCCUUAUGCUUCCUUCUUUGUCCCACCUGGGUCAGGAAGUGCUGGUGGUGGUACUAUUGCCAAGGAUGCCUUAGGAAACGAUGUUAUUGCAGAGGAGUGGCUUAAGAACCAUGGACCUGGGGACCGGACCCUCACACAAGGAUUAAAGGGAGAUCCCACCUACUUAGUCGUGGAGAAAGACAGAACUCUUGCACCAUAUGGAAUCAAUGCUGUCUGCACUCACCUCGGGUGUGUUGUGCCAUGGAAUGCUGCUGAGAACAAGUUCAUCUGCCCUUGCCAUGGAUCCCAGUACAACAACCAAGGGAAAGUUGUAAGAGGACCUGCACCUCUGUCCUUGGCAUUGGUUCAUGCUGAUGUUGAUGAUGGGAAGGUAGUAUUCGUUCCAUGGGUCAAAACCGAUUUCAGAACUGGUGAAGCUCCAUGGUGGGCUUAAAUCUCCUCUCAGAACUCAUCCCUUCCCUCCCAUGCAUUGAAGUUAAGGGUGAUCGGUUGCACCAGCAGGGCAAACACAUCCUGUUUCCGGGAUUCGUCGGCUUUUGUAGAAUGAAAGCUGAUGUUUAUAAGAUCCAAGGUGAGCAUGUUUUGUAUUUGAAUGCAGCUUUUGCAAUUAUGCCAAGAGCAUAGGUCAGAGACCUUAUGCAUUCAAACCAAGUCAUAAAGACUGAAGAUUUUUGUAAGCCCAUGAAGAUCCACAAAUAAAGAAAGUAGUGUGUUUUUCUCUACCA